AAUAAGUAUGGAAAGUGACCUGUCGAAGACAAAUAAUUGGGAGAGUAGAGAGCAAGUACAUAAAGCAAUUGAGCAUUUUACUUGUGUUUUUCAGUAUUAUAUUGUGGAAAGUUUAAAACAAGAAUACGGCGAAGACUACCUGAACGUCAUUGCAUAUGGUGUAGGGUAUAAUACAGCUGGUAAAUCGGUUCAACCCUAUUCGGGCGAUAAAGAGAUGAUCAACCAAGAGAAGAUCCAAUAUGAGGGAUAUAAGAAGGUUCAUCCGGAUAAUUGGGACUUUUCCCAUUGCUUUACUGUUUUUCUCAAGUUCUGGGAUUCGUUGUUUAGCAAAUCUUUUACCACAAAUAUUCCUAAAUCGUAUAUAUUCAUUCUGAAGCAUUUCAGGAACCAAUGGGCGCAUAACGCCCAGUUUACGCUGAGGGAUGCUUACAGGGUUGCUGAUACAGUCCAAUUGUUCUUUGAGAUGAUCAAUGCACCGACAGAUGAAAUCAGCAUGAUCAGACUAGUUGUACUUGACAAGUUGUUCGCAGAAGAGAAGCAGAAGAUCCUUAACGGCCAGGCUAAUGCAGCUCCUCAGAAACCAGUUGAAGAGGAGCAGGAUAGUGGAUGAAUCAAACGUAAUUGGGGAACAGUAGAGGCAGCCGAUAGCUUCUCAAGUGAAAUGAACAAAUAGAGGAGAAACUACAUCUUUUACGGCACUAGCCUUUGACAAUGAUGACUUUUGAGGAAAAGCAGCAGGGGCCAAAGGGAGCACAGCUUGGCAGCCAACCCAUAGUUCGGAAGAUGCUGAUUUCACAACUGAGUUUAUCUAACUUUGAAUUGAACAGAGCCCAGAUUUGUUGUUUUAAGCCUAAGAUAUGGAUCGGUCCCUACAAGAACAUCAAUAAUUUCUU